AUGGGAAAAUCAGCAAAAUUUUAUAAACGUCAGACUCGAAAAGAACGAAAGAUCCAAUCACUUACUGCAGAAGCACUAGGUUCAUCUUCAUCCUUGCCUAAAUCAUCAUCUAUCGCUAUCACCACGAAAUUCAAAAAAACAUCGUCAAAAAAGUCCACUUUUACUUCAUCUUCAUCAUCCAAAAUCAAAGCCAAUUCAAUAAAGACGCAUCGGGACGAACUUUUAAAGUCUAUUCUAAAAGGAUCGGAAGUAAAGUCCCAGGAUAAAAUCACGACAAAGAAUAAUCACGAUGACAGCGUGAAACAAGAUCAGAUGGAUGUAGAUGAUAAUAAAGGUGGCAAAAAGAAAAAAGAGCGAAGAAAAACCAACGAAGGGAGGCCGGAUUAUGUAGACAUAUUUGGGGGAAAGAAGACCUUUAAAAAGAUUUAG